AUGGAUUCCCCGGUGGAUGGGAACCACACUGUAGUGACAGGGUUCAUUUUAUUGGGUUUAACAGAUGAUCCAGUCCUUCGGGUCAUCCUCUUCGUGAUCAUCCUGUGCAUCUACCUGGUGACCGUAUUUGGCAAUCUCAGCACAAUCGUCCUGAUCAGAAUCUCCCCUCAGCUCCAUCAUCCCAUGUACUUUUUUCUGAGUCACUUGGCUUUGGCUGACAUCGGCUACUCAUCUUCUGUCACACCUAAUAUGCUUGUAAACUUCUUGGUGGAAAGAAAUACAAUCUCCUACUUUGGAUGUGGGCUCCAGCUUGGUUCAGUGGUUUUUUUUGGAUCAACAGAAUGCUUCAUUCUGGCUGCCAUGGCAUAUGAUCGCUUUGUGGCCAUCUGCAGCCCACUGCUUUAUUCAAUCAAAAUGUCCACACAGCUCUGUGUCCAGUUACUCCUGGUGGCUUACACAGCUGGUUUCCUCAAUGCUUUCUCCUAUGUUAUUUGCUUCUAUUCUUUAUUCUUCUGCGGGCUAAAUGAAGUCAACCAUUUCUUCUGUGAUUUUGCCCCUUUAGUUGAGAUCUCCUGUUCUGAUACAAGUAUCCCUGCAGCUGUUGCCUCAUUUUCUGCUGGCUUCAUCGUUGUGGUCUCAGCCAUUGUCAUAGCUGUCUCCUACAUCUACAUCCUCAUCACCAUCCUGAAGAUGCACUCCAUUGAGGGGCGCCACAAGGCCUUCUCCACCUGCACUUCCCACCUCACUGCUGUCACUCUGUUCUAUGGGACCGUUACGUUCAUUUAUGUGAUGCCAAAAUCCAACUACUCAACUGACCAGAACAAGGUGGUGUCUGUGUUCUACAUGGUGGUCAUACCCAUGCUGAACCCCCUCAUCUACAGUCUCAGGAACAAUGAAAUUAAGGGGGCUCUGAAGAGAGAGCUUCACAGAAAAAUAUUUUCUUAG